AUGAUGCUAACCGAUGUUAAAACUUUUAAGUAUUGUCCGGGUGGAAAAAUAUUCUACAAAUUGAGCUACGAUGAUGAAUAUUACGUUGUCGUUCAAACACAAAUAAUUCAAGAUUUACGAGAACUGACUUCAGUAUUAUCUAAAGAAGUGAAGGAUUUUUACUCAAGCUUACCGUAUCAAUCCGAAGACAAGUAUCAAGGAAAUAAGAAGGCUAAGCAAGAAACAGAAUCAGAUGAAUUGGAAAACAACCAAGAAAUAGCUAUGUUAAAAGAAACUAUUUCAAAAAGGAGAGUUACAAACCUAAAAUCUACUACAAAAUAUAAAAAUAAAGGAAAUGAGAAUGCUAAGCAAAAAAACAGAAUCAAAUGA